GCCCCCACGCAAAACCACCCUAAUCUUUUACUAUCAUUCCUUCCAACGAACUCUCUCCAUUCUGCAAAAACCCUAACCCUAACAUAACCAAUUAAAUGAAUCGUUCUUGAAUUUGGAAUCAAAGUGCUUGCUUUCUAUCGAUUCUCGAUGGAUUCCCAACAGAGCAACCUCUUCGAAACGGCAUCGCAGCCCGACACCGCCACUGACGCGUACACCUUCCUCGAAUUCAACACACAGGGCGAAUCCGACUUCGACUACACAGAGUUCCGCUCCUCUGUGGCAUGGCCCACCCCCUCAGACUCCCUUUCCGUUGCUGACCCCAGCGAUCGUGGUGGAGGGACCGGAGGCGGCCCCACUAGUGCAUCAGAUCACCAGUCCGAUGCGGCGUCUUCAUCUCCGGUCUCCUCAUCAGCCCCUGGUAGCGCCACUAAGGGCGGACGCGGCGGGGCUGGCGGAGGAGCCAAUAAUAGCCCAGCGGCGGUCGAUGCUCUUGCAGCAGGAAUGAGCGGGUUGAACUUUGAGGAAACUGGCGAUGAUGAUGGAUACGAGUAUGGAAAGGCGGAUUUCACAGAGCACGCUUGUAGAUACUGCGGGGUUUCAAACCCAGCUUGCGUGGUAAGGUGCAACGUGCCGUCUUGCAGGAAGUGGUUUUGUAAUUCAAGGGGGAACACCUCUGGUUCGCAUAUAGUCAAUCAUCUGGUUCGAGCAAAGCACAAGGAAGUAUGUCUUCAUAAGGACAGUCCUCUGGGGGAGACAAUUCUUGAAUGCUAUAAUUGUGGGUGCCGAAAUGUUUUUCUUCUUGGUUUUAUAUCAGCCAAAACAGAGAGUGUUGUUGUUCUUCUGUGUCGAGAACCUUGCUUGAAUGUUAAUGCACUGAAGGAUAUGAACUGGGACCUCAGUCAAUGGUGUCCCCUAAUUGAUGACAGGUGUUUCUUACAAUGGCUUGUGAAGGUCCCAUCUGAACAGGAGCAGCUGAGGGCGCGGCAAAUAAGUGCUCAACAAAUAAAUAAGGUGGAAGAACUUUGGAAGACGAAUCCUGAUGCUACUCUUGAAGAUCUUGAGAAACCUGGUGUAGAUGAUGAACCUCAGCCUGUGGCAUUGAAAUAUGAAGAUGCAUACCAGUAUCAAAAUGUUGCGCCACUUAUUAAGCUUGAAGCUGACUAUGAUAAAAUGAUGAAAGAAUCUCAAAGUAAGGACAAUGUCACAAUUAGGUGGGAUAUUGGUCUGAACAAGAAGCGAAUAGCAUACUUUGUCUUCCCGAAGGAGGAUAAUGAAUUACGUUUAGUACCUGGAGACGAGUUGCGGCUGCGUUAUUCAGGAGAUGCAGCUCAUCCAGCAUGGCAAUCUGUUGGGCAUGUGAUCAAGCUAACUGCACAAGAGGAAGUUGCUCUAGAGCUUCGUGCUAGUCAGGGGGUACCUGUUGAUGUCAACCAUGGGUUCAGUGUUGAUUUUGUGUGGAAGAGCACAAGCUUUGAUCGGAUGCAGGGUGCAAUGAAAACAUUUGCUGUGGAUGAAACAAGUGUUAGUGGGUAUAUUUACCACCAUUUGCUGGGUCAUGAAGUGGAGGUUCAGAUGGUUCGGAAUACCUUACCUCGUCGCUUUGGUGCACCUGGUCUUCCAGAGUUGAAUGCAUCUCAAGUUUUUGCUGUGAAGAGUGUCCUUCAGAAGCCAAUAAGUUUGAUUCAAGGUCCUCCUGGAACAGGCAAAACUGUGACUUCUGCAGCAAUUGUAUAUCACAUGGCCAAACAGGGACAGGGACAGGUUUUGGUUUGUGCCCCGAGUAAUGUGGCUGUAGACCAACUAGCUGAAAAGAUAAGUGCCACUGGGUUGAAGGUUGUCCGGCUUUGUGCAAAAUCAAGGGAAGCUGUCAGUUCCCCUGUUGAGCAUUUGACACUUCAUUAUCAGGUUCGGCAUCUUGAUACAUCUGAGAAGAGUGAACUUCAUAAGCUACAGCAGUUGAAAGAUGAGCAAGGAGAGUUAUCCAGCAGUGAUGAGAAAAAAUACAAAGCACUAAAGCGGGCAACUGAGAGGGAGAUAUCCCAGAGUGCUGAUGUCAUCUGCUGCACUUGUGUUGGUGCUGGAGAUCCUCGGUUGUCAAAUUUUAGGUUUCGCCAGGUACUUAUUGAUGAGUCUACUCAGGCAAUGGAGCCUGAGUGUCUUAUUCCUCUGGUUCUUGGGGCAAAGCAGGUUGUUCUUGUUGGUGAUCAUUGCCAACUUGGUCCAGUCAUCAUGUGUAAGAAAGCUGCUCGUGCUGGUCUUGCACAGUCUUUAUUUGAACGUCUUGUUCUACUUGGUGUAAAGCCAAUUAGGUUGCAGGUUCAGUACCGUAUGCACCCAGCUUUAUCUGAAUUUCCUUCUAAUAGCUUUUAUGAAAGAACGUCAAAUGGGGUUACAGUCAAUGAAAGGCAAUCUCGGGCAUUGAUUUUCCCCUGGCCUGUGCCUAACCGUCCCAUGUUCUUUUAUGUCCAGUUGGGGCAAGAGGAGAUUAGUGCUAGUGGAACAUCCUACUUGAAUCGAACAGAGGCUGCAAAUGUUGAAAAAAUUGUGACUACUUUCUUAAGGAGUGGCGUGGUUCCAAGUCAGAUUGGAGUAAUAACCCCAUAUGAGGGACAGAGAGCAUAUAUUGUCAAUUACAUGUCAAGAAAUGGUGCUCUCAGACAACAACUCUACAAGGAAAUUGAGGUUGCCAGUGUUGAUUCAUUUCAAGGAAGGGAAAAAGACUACAUUAUUUUGUCCUGUGUGAGGAGUAAUGAACAUCAGGGCAUUGGGUUUCUUAAUGAUCCCCGCAGGCUAAAUGUUGCUCUAACGCGUGCUCGAUAUGGUAUAGUUAUCCUGGGAAAUCCUAAAGUUCUAAGCAAACAACCUCUAUGGAAUAGCUUAUUGACACACUAUAAGGAACAUGAGUGUUUGGUUGAAGGACCUCUAAAUAAUUUGAAGCAGAGCAUGGUUCAGUUCCAGAAGCCAAAAAAGAUUUACAACGAACGUAGACUUUUCUUUGGUAGUGGACCUGGAAUUAUCCCCAACGAUAAUUUUGGUUCUGUUGCAUCAUCUAACCCAAAUGCUGAUAGAAGAAGCAGUCGUGGUAGGGGUUCUUAUAUGCCACCUGGCCCACCCAAUGGUACUCAUAAACCUGGAGUUCAUACUGCUGGCUUUCCAAUGCCUCGGGUACCCCUACCGCCAUUCCCUGGCGGUCCUCCUUCCCAGCCAUAUGCCAUUCCGACUCGUGGAGUUCAUGGACCAGUUGGAGCUGUUCCUCAUGUGCCUGCACCAGGAAGUCGGGGUUUUGGUGCUGGUCGUGGUAAUGCUGGCGGCGCUCCUAUUGGCAGUCAUCUCCCUCACCAGCAAGGCAGUCAGCAGAAUGUGGGAACUAUCGGGUCGAACUUCAACUUUCCUGCACUGGAUAAUCCAAACAGCCAACCUUCUGUAGCUGGUCCACUCUCUCAACCUGGAUUUGUUAAUAAUAUGCCGGUUCAAGGACCGAGCCAAACAUUUCGUGACGGAUUCUCCAUGGGGGGCAUGUCUCAGGAUUUCUUGGGUGAUGACUUCAAAAGUCAAGGAUCGCAUGUUCCUUAUAAUGUUGCUGACUUUUCAACACAGGCUUCCCAAAGUGGAUUUGCUGUUGAUUAUGUUACACAGGGAGCACAGGGAGGUUUUCCUGGAAACUUUCUUAACCAGAAUUCUCAAGCCGGAUAUUCUCGUUUUGGUACUGGGAAUGAUUUUAUGUCCCAGGACUACAUGACACAUGGAUCACAAGGUCUAUUUACACAGGUUGGCUUUAAUGACCCCUCACAAGAUGAUGCAUCACAGAGCCACUUUGGGGUCACCAAUUCCAACCAACUCCAGUCACAGGGCUUGAUGAAUUCUCUGUAUUCCCAACCCUUUGCCCAUUACGACACCCAGCCUCUAAACUUGCAGGCUCCGCAACAGCCACACCAGGGCCAGGGCUCCCAAAACCAGAAACUUCACUACAAUGGUUGACAGUUGGUAAAGUUUGGAGUGUGAUGGGUUAUAAUCUUUGGAUUCAGCAACUUGGUUUGUGCUGUCAUGUCUGCCCAAAUAUAUCUGGUGCUUUAAUGCACAGAUGUGUUUACAAUUUUUGGGGUAAGUUUGAUUCUGUCCAUAACCCAGUGAGAUGAUUUUGGAUGGCUGGAAUAAAAUAUGUUUUGGUUUAAUUGGUGGUUAUGGAUCUUUGAGCAAACGAAGGCGGCACAUCCAGGGCUGAGAAAGAAAAAGAUAAACCCAAGAACCUGCUUGAGGAUUUGUAUUGUUUUGAGGAUACAUAUUCAUCUGAGGGAGAGAACAGUACAUGACAUGGAUUGGUAGAAAGGGUUUGAUCAUCGCCAGACUGGAGAUUAAAAUUAUUGAGUUAAAAGGGAGAACCCACAACCUAUACAGAAGCAGUUAUGACAACAAUGAAAGUUUUGUACAGUAUGCAAGGAAAGUCGCCUAACCCUUUCAACUUUUCCUGAUAUGUAUUCAUACUCUUUAGUUACUGAUAGAUAACGAAAUAUUCUACUAGUUUCCCAGUGCGAGUAGCUGCUGAUAUUUAUGUGGCUGAUAUAUAUAAUUCAACACUCCAUUGGAUUGGUUGUGUGUGGAAUUGAGUUUGCUUUUAGUGGCUUAGUUCCAUUGUUUCAUGCGGAUUUGGCUGGAGUGUUGAUAUGUGUAUCUGUUCUUAACGGUUAUAAUUCUGUCACUUUGUGCUA